AUGAACCAACCUGUCAUCCUUUAUGCCUUAGAACGGCGCCAAAACGGCGCCAAGAAUGUGUUUCUCACUAAGUCAGAUGUAGAGGGCAUCAUCCGGAUCAAGCAGGGCGACCAGCAGGCGCCCUCAGGCCGGCGGCGGCGGGGUGUGGGAGGGGGUGCGGCAGUGCAGGGCGGCGCCAAGAACUACAGCAAGAAGGUGCUGCAGUUCUUCCAGGUGCUGAAGGGCGCUGGCGGUCAGGACAUCCUGUGCCGCUGCGUCAAGCGCAGCGGAGAGUGGCGGUGGUGCCCCGUGGUGCCGCUCGAGGAGCUGCCCCGAGUGAUCAAGGAGCACCACGAGCGGGCGACUGGCUCAGCGGUGGACCUGAUCGACCUGGGCGAGGGCCGCGACCCCAAGUACCGCUACAUCAUGAGCUAUGUGGACCUCUUCACCCGCCACGUCUCUUUAAAAUCUGGAUGGACACCCAGGCGCCAGCCAGGCUGCUCUGACAAUGGCAAGGAGUUUGUCGCCGGCAUCAUCCUGGAGCUGUGCCAAGCGUUUGGCGUGACCGCCAUCAAUGGGGCCAUCGGCAAGCCGCAAAGCCAGGGCUGCGUGGAGCGCAGCAACCGCACCGUCAAGGAUAAGAUCUCUGCUCAGCUGCAGAUGGCUCCCACCAUUGCCUGGCGCUACCAGGUGCGGCGCGUGCAAGGGAUGAUCAACCACGAGCCCGCUGCAGCGCUGGGCCGCAAGAUGACCCGCUCGCAAGCGCUGUUUGGCGAGCCCAGCCAGCGCGUGCUGCAAGCACCCGCCGAGUUCAUUGCCCGGUUGCUGGGCAUUGCCAGCGACGAGGAGAUGGACAUGGAGCAGGGCGUGGAUGACAGCCCCGCAGUGCCAACCACCCGCACAGCUGCACGCCGCCCCACAGCCUGGGCGCCCAUCACCGGCCGCAAGCGCAGCGCUGUGGAGGCAGAGCUGGCCGAUGAAGCGGAGGUGGCAGCUGCUGCGGCGGCCAUGGAUGAGGGGGAGGCUCCUGCUCGGCGCAGCAGCCAGCGGGCAGCCGCUGCGGGCCUGAUCGCCGUACUGGCCAUGGAGCACGAGCUGGAGGAUGCGGAGGAGGUGCUGCCCGUGCGGCAGCUGCCACAGCGCACCGCUGCCACUAGCAGCCCUGCUGGCCAGCACCGCAACCGCAUAGCAGUGCUGGCAGCGGCGGCUGCGGCAGCAGCUUCGGAGGCGGGGGAGGAGCAGGCAGCAGCAGAGGCGGAGGAGGAGGCAGCAGCAGAGGCGGAGGAGGAGCAGGCAGCAACAGAGGCGGAGGAGGAGGAGGCAGCAACAGAGGCGGAGGAGGAGGAGGCAGUAGCAGAGGCGGAGGAGGAGCAGGCAGCAGCAGAGGCGGAGGAGGAGCAGGCAGCAACAGAGGCGGAGGAGGAGGAGGCAGCAACAGAGGCGGAGGAGGAGGAGGCAGCAGCAGAGGCGGAGGAGGAGCAGGCAGCAGCAGAGGCGGAGGAGGAGCAGGCAGCAGCAGAGGCGGAGGAGGAGCAGGCAGCAGCAGAGGCGGAGGAGGGCGGCACGCUGGCAGCACCACACCCGCCCAUGCCAGCACACUUGCAGGCCACCCGCUCUCGAGUGGCGGCGGCUCAGGUGAAGAACCGCCAGCGGAUCGCAGCGCAGCGCAGGCCAAAGGGCGAGCCCAAGGACUUUGCUGUGGGCGAUGACGUGCUGCUGCUGCCGCCGAAGCGCGGCAAAGUGGGCAAGCAGCUGGGCCGCAACCGCAUCGUGUGCCGCGUGGUGGAGAUCAAGCGGCCCUUUGGCGUGACCAUGUACCGGCUGCGGAGCGGAGCUGGAGUGGUGGAGGGUAUGCAUCAGGCCAGCAGGCUAUCUAAGGCGCCACCCAGCCUGGCCAGCGAGCUGACCUUCAGCGGCACGGCGCAGCGAGGAGUGCCUGUGGUGUCUCUCAAUGUGGCGAUGGCGGCGCAGCCCAGCGGCGGCAAGGCAGCCCUGCAAGAAGAAUGGUGCGCGGUGUGGGCGGCACUGUGGCUGUAUAACCGGUAAGGGUGGCAAUUGCAAGAACCAUUGAAGAAGUGUGCCUUGUACGCUUUGCCGUCUCCGCUGAAAGGCGCUGCCGCCUGUGGCAGCUUCAUAUUUCCUGUUCAUUUCUGUUGUUCGGUCUCUCUGUUCGUGUUGGUUGGCUUGUAAGAGUUGUAUUUC